GAUUAGUAGAGCCCACAAAACGCAUAAAAAUGACACAGCAGAGUGGAGCUGGGUCUCCCCAGCAGUUCUGUCUAAGAUGGAACAAUUAUCAGACAAAUCUGACCAACGUCUUUGACCAGUUGCUGCAGAGCGAGAGUUUCGUCGAUGUGACACUCGCCUGCGAUGGACACUCAGUUAAAGCCCACAAAAUGGUCCUCUCCGCUUGCAGUCCCUACUUUCAGGCUCUGUUUUUUGACAAUCCCUGUCAACAUCCCAUCGUCAUCAUGAAGGACAUCAAGUGGCCCGAGCUAAAGGCAGCUGUCGAGUUUAUGUACAAGGGGGAAAUUAACGUCUCCCAGGAACAAAUCGGACCUCUGCUCAAAGUUGCCGAGAGCCUCAAGAUCCGAGGUUUGGCAGAUGUCAACAAUGAGCAGGAACUGACCUCGAGACCCUCUCUCGAGGAGGCUGCUCUGGGAAUGCUCCAUCGGAAGAAACGGCGCAGAUCUGGAGAGCGAUCGCCGAGCGGAAAUAGUCCCGAAAAUUCGGAAGAGCAGGACCCCGGAAUCGUCUCGGAGGUUCACUCCUCCUCGACUCCGAGAUCUGUCGGAUCACCCAAUGUCCCGACUAUUUCGGUCACUCCUCAGAUCAAUCUUCAAGAGCUUCCGGUUUCUUUGUCCCUGCCGCCGCCACCCCCGCCUCCACCGACCAAUCAGUCCCAUUCUCACCACGUGCUCGGCCACGUGACUUCCGGUCCGCACGUGUCUGUCAAUCAUCUCGGAUCUCACACUCAGCAACUCUCGAUUCAGCAAGCGCAGCAGCAGCAACAGCAGCAACAACAACAGCAGCAGCAUCAGCAGGGGGGCAAUCAGAACGCCGGGGACGACCUCGAGAUCAAACCCGGCAUCGCGGAGAUGAUUCGUGAGGAGGAAAGGGCCAAGUUGUUGGAAUCAUCCCACGCUUGGCUCGGUGCCUCCACCUCUAGUAUAGCAGCUGACUACUCGAACUUGCUGAAGCUGAAGGCUCCAACCUGGACAAGGCACGACCUCCAGGAGGCGAUUGAAGCUGUCGUCACGCAGAAGAUGCGCUUCACUCAAGCCUCCACAAAGUAUGGAAUUCCCAAAGGCACUCUCUAUGACAACAUCCUCGGAAAAUCAAAAAGAAUGAUGGUUCUCGAGGAAGCUAGUCUCGAUGCUAGAGAGGAAUCGGCUGUCCUCGAAUUUUGUUGCGAUACAAGUAUCCAUCCCUACAAUCGGCGCACGAAAAAAUCACUAAAUACGAUACUCAAUUUUGUCGAAAAAAUCAGGCGAGAACGAGAUCCUAAUUUUAUGUUUACCGGCCUCUCUGGAUUUCGGUGGUGGUGGGCGUUUUGCAAAAAACAUUCAAUAGUUUCCCUUUACUUCAAUGAUGAGAACGAGCAUGAAUAAUCUUCUUCUCUGUGAAGAAGAAAAUCGAUUAUGCAUUGAGGGAGGGAAAUGUUUUUUGUCGAGAGCGAUGUUUUCAGAAUGAGCCAUAGGGCGAGGGCGCUGCACCGAUUGGGCCCCGAAACUGGAGUCGCGCUGUUGGCGCUCUCGCCCGACUACUCGGUUUUCAAAUAUCGCGCUCGACUAAAAACGCUUGAAAAGAUGUGUCGUAGGUCGAGGGCGCUCUUGGCACCCCAAAAUUCGGGGGCGCCUUUGGUGCUCUCACUGUACGGCUCGUUCUGCAAACAUCGUACUCGAAAAAAACGAGUUGCGGGGUGAGGCCGCCGAAGGUGUCUAGUUUUUUUCGGAAUGAGAAAGGACAUGUUUACUUAAUUUUUUCGGCUCUUAGGACUAUUACUAGUGGAGUCCACUCGUUUUGUUUUAUAGUUUCUUAAUUAUAAACUAAAUGUUUUUUAAAUACGAAACUUCAUGAAUUCAGUCAAUUUUAUUUAAUUGGUAAUUAUGUGCAAGCCUAUGUAUGGAGAAAUGAAUAAUUCUUAUCGAGUUAACUGCUUUGCAGUUAAACUAAGUACCCAGAAAAAAACUGAUAAGAAAUAAUCUAAUCCUACUUUCUGAUAAGGAAUAACUAAGGCUCAAUUAAGAAUAAGCACUCCAGAAGAAAUCUUUCUUUCCUCCAAUUCUUGGCAGCGUUUCUCAAAUCUAAUAAAAAUUUCACUUGACAUCCCAGGAAUCAAAGAUAAUAUUAUUUAAAUUACCUGGAGCAAGCCUAGGUGAUCCAACUAUAUUUACAAUAAGCAACUAGAGUUACAAACUUGAACCUUUAAUUUGCGACCUAUUAUAAGUCUCUAGAACAUCAUCUUCGCGCCCUAUGUUGUUUUAAACACUAAAAACGAGUUUUUUUAUCGCUUUCGAUAUAACUUAACGCGGUAAGAAGAUCUUGUUGUCGAAUUCGGAUUCAUCAAUCAACUGAUUUAGAAAUUUUUUUUUAAAUUUGGUUUUUUUUUUUGUUCAUCCUCUUUCCCCAUUUAUCUGGAGAAGGGGUUUGUCAAUUUAAAAAAAAAACUAAAACAAAAACAAAAACGGUGUAUUUCAUAGAGAUCUACAACUUAUUGGCAACUAUAAAUUGAGUGAACAAUUUCAUUAAAAUUAAUUAAAUUAAAUUAAUUUCUUAAAUUUUAGAUUGAAUCAUGUCCUUUCUUAGACUGGAGAGCGCAUCACGAAUCUCGAGAGCCCUGUUAGAUUAAUAGUUAGUGCCUUCUAUUCAAUCGUCUUCCAUUCCAUCGAGUAAUAUUUAUGAAACGAGCCGUUCCUGCCCGUAUAUUCCAUUCCAUUUCAUUCCAUUUCAUUCCACCUCAUACCAUUGUUCAGUUCGACGAAGCCCACGAUUGUACAUAUACUUGCGCGCAGGCUCUUCGUCGCUAAUUUGAUAUUAAGUAGAGCAACAUCAUUCCAUUCGGUCAGGGGCGAAGAUGAAAUACAUUUUUUAUUAAAUUAAAAUUAAUUUUAAUUUCUUAAAUUCAUUUCUUCAUUUAAUUAAAUUUAUUAAUAAUACGGCUGUAAUAAAUAACGUUUAUUUGAUUUUACAUUUUAAAUCCCACAUGAAAAAAUUAAUCUAAUACGUAUAUUAAGAGUGAGAGCUGCUUAAUCAUAUAUUAUUUCAAUUAAAACUAAUUUUUCUUCAAAUAAUUGUUUAUUAAAUUAAAAUUAAUUUUUCUUUAAUUAUCUUUCUUCAUGCAGUAAUACUGUAAAAAUAGGACCAACGGAAAUAUCUUUGGUCUUAUAAGAUUACUCAAAUGAGAUUCAGAAUACAAUUAGAAAAUCGAGCAAUAUUAAAUUUAGCUUAUAAGUUAUGGCGAUAGAAAUAAAUUUAAAAAUUAUGUUUAUUCAUAAAUUUCUUUCUUUAUUUUCACUCAUAUUGACUAUUUAUCAAAUUCACUGUACAUCGAUUUUGCCUUGCAUGUUUUUAUAUUCAACGUUAACUAAAUUUAAGUUUUCCAAACUUUACUUGAGUUGCAUUAUACAUUCCCUGCGGCUGUUAAGUUUUUCAAGUGAUAACUUAAAAUACUGAAUAAUAAUAAUAAUUAAAAAAAUUGUUACUCUUCUAUUGUUUGUAUUUUGACGUAUAUUUACGUCUAGUUACUUCGUAUUUAGUAUUGUUGCGAUUGUUAAAGAAUAUUUUCGACACUGGCGCAUAGUGCAGUGGUGCAAAUGAGAAUAAUUUAAAUUAAUUAUAAAUGUACGAAGUGAUACUUUUUAUUUGUUUAAUUUUUAAUCUAUUUAUAAAAAAUAAAUUUACAAGAAGAGUUCUCCUGUUUAAAUAUUAUUUUCUCAGUUCUUCACCUUUGCAAUUACAUAUAUUUGUAAUCAAAUUAAAUUACAACCUGAGCAAUGAGCCUGCACAAAAGGCAAAUAAUUUUCGUAGUGUACAUCUUUAAUAGUAUAAACAAAUUCUGUAAAAAAACCCAGUAUCCGAAAAAAACGUUACUUGCGCUUUUUUACAAGGGUUAAAAGCUGAAAAAAAAUUUCUCUCGAAUAUCCACUUUCUUCUUACUUUGUUUUUUAAAAAGUAGGUAACAAAUUCAAACAAAUUGAAGUAUUUCUUCGUACGUUUGUUAAGAGUGUAAUGCUCUUUAAUUAUAAAAAAAAUAAAUAAAUAGUAAAUUCCAGAUUUGUAUUACACUAAUAUAGCGAUGAUUUUUUCAUUUAUAAUAUUCGUUAUUGUAAAUUAAAAUGAAAUCCUUCUUUAAAGAAGACAUUAUUUUGGAAGAACAAAUACUUGUCUAUUUAUAAAUUUAUGAGUAAGAGAAUGAGUGUGAGAGAAAAUGGGUGGUUAUUUAAAAGAGAUAUUUUGAUCUCAAAAAGUGUGAUGAAAUCGCUUGAUAAAAAAACUGAUCGCGGAAUUUUUUAAAAGAUACAAUAUAAAUACAAAUUAAACGAGCAAUUAUCGCCACAAGAUUAGAGUUAAUCGACUUUUGAUUCGGCGAAAGUCCGCAUUUUUAUGUGUAUCUCUUGUGAGACGAAAUAAUUAUUUUUCAGAGCGCAAUUAGUUAAUUAGCCUCUACUCGUCUAAUGCUAGUGAUGGUCUCGUAUAGAACACAAACGACAGAGUGCUUCUGUACACGUGUUUUCCAAUUAAUUGUAUUAAUCAUUAAAUUGGAGGAGCCCUAAUUAGACUCAAUAACUUAACUGUUAAAUAAUCGUUCCGGAUCGAGGCCAUCAUGCUGCGUACUUGGUGCUCACUAUAAAUGUCCAACCUCCUUUAUAAAUUAAAAAAAUAUUGUACAAAUAUAUUUUUCAAUUUUUA